AUGAUUCUUAAGAGAGGUCUGAAUUUCUCACGUCUCAUAAAAGAAGCUACAAAAUUAAUACAUGGAAAACAGUAUGUCGAUCAUUUUUGGUAUUUGAAAUCAAAUCCAGAGUCACUCCAACCUCUUAUAGAUAAUGAAACAUAAAUAAAAAACACAUUUUACGAGCAACCUUAAAUAAAAGAAAUAUUUAAUGAUUAUUAUUAAGUAUCUUAUGGCAGAAAAGAUGGACGGACUCAUGAUAUCCCUGAAUUAUAUGACGAAUAUGAAUAUAAUGGAAGAUUUGCGUAUUUUGAUACAGGCAAUGAUUAUUAGAUAAUUGAAAGAUCUCUAAAAGGAGGCGAGAAAGAAGUUGUUUUAGAUUUAAAAAAAAUAUCAUUUUUGAAAUAAUAUCAUGCAACAAUGAAGUUAACAAAGUUAAAGAUUUCUGAUGAUCAUAAAUUAAUAGCAUUUGGAGUUGAUUUGUUAAAUAAUGAGGAUAUAAUUUGGUUAAUGAAGUACAUAGACGAUGACAAAGCGUUUAGAACAAAGUUGUUUGAUUGUUUUGAUGCAGCUUUUACUAAGGAUAAUACGCAUUUAGUAUAUACCUAAUAUGAUGAUAAAUUCAGACCAUAUAGAUUGAUGUUACAUAAGUUGGGAACAACUCAGGAGGAAGAUGAGUUGUUAUUUGAAGAGAAGGAUGAACAAUUUUAUUUAGAUUUACAACAAACUAAAGAUGGAAAAUAUUUUGUUUUGUUAAGUUAGACAAAGUAAAGCAACGAAGUGAUUUUGAUAGAUCGUGAGGAUCCUAAGAAAUAGUAACUCUUGUUUUCGAGAAAGGAAAAUGCAAUAAACUUAGUUCAUCAUCAUGAAGAACAUGGGUUAUACAUUUUGACUAAUAAGAAUUCUUAUGAUUAUAAAGUAUUAAAACAAGAAGGGGAUAAGUUUGUAGAUUUCUAUUGUCCUUAAUAAGGAGAAGUAUUGCAAGAGGUAGACCUAUUUCAUAAGCAUUUGGUGUUAUACUUCACUAAGGAAAGUGAAAGCUUUAUUAAGGUAAUUUCUUUGCAAGAUAAGGAAAUUUAUAAUUUGUUUAUUCCGCCUUCCUUGGUCUAUACAAAUCAUCAAUAGAACAAAAAGAAUUUAUUGAGAAGCAUUUACGAUAGAGUAAUAAAGAAAGAUAAAUCUCAAUAUUUCUUGAAUUAGAAAGUUUAAAAUGAAGUAUUAGGAGCCACAAUAGAACCUGGAGUGAAUCAUAAUUACAAAAGUGAUGCCUUCUAGUUUCAUCUUAGCACACCAUUGGUGUAUGAUUAAGUUUACUAAUACGAUUUAUCCAAAAGAUAACUAUCUAAGCUUUAAGAUGCUAACCUAACAGGUAAGCCAUUCAAAAGAGAAGAGUUUACUUGCACUAGGUAUUAUGCCCCCAGUAAAGAUGGCACUGAAAUUCCAAUCACUUUAGUGCAUCACAAAGAUUUGUAAAAGAACAGACAAAACAAAUUGCUUUUGCAUUCUUAUGGCGCUUAUGGUGUUCCAUAGGAAAUACCUUUCAAUAUUGUUUACCUAAAUGCAUUAGAAAAGGGAUGGACAUUAGCAUACGCACAUAUUAGAGGAGGCAAUGAAAGGGGACAAGAUUGGCAUAGAUAAGCCAUUUAGGAAAAUAAAUUAAAAAGCAUAGAAGAUCUACUUGGAUGUGCUUCGUAUUUGAUAGCCGAAGGAUAUACUCAUCCCUCAUUAUUAUGUGGAUUAGGAGCAUCUGCUGGAGCAACUACUUUGGGAGCAGCUAUCAAUAUGAGACCAGAUCUUUGGAAAUGUGCCAUAUUGCUCUCACCUUUUUUGGAUGUCCUAGGGUCCUUAUUGGAUGAAAGUCUACCCUUAACAAAAUCUGAUUAUUUGGAAUUUGGUAAUCCAAACGAUAAAAAAAUCUUUGAUACUAUCCUGAGUUACUCUCCUUAUGAAAAUCUAAAAAAAUAAGUUUAUCCUGCAAUUUAUAUCAGUGCUGGUACUGGAGAUUUCAGAGCUCCUUUAUGGAAUGUAUUGAAAUACACAGAAAAGUUGAAAUAGAUAGCUGUUUAAUCCAAAAAGGUUGAAACCAUUGGAGAUCAUCCUCUUAUUAUUGACAUUAGUGAAGGUGGACAUUAUGGAGGGGCUGGAGCAUAAUCAGUAAUUGAGGAGCGAACCAGAUAUAUGACAUUUCUGGAUUAUUAUGUUGGCAUUGGUAAUAAGGAAAUAACAAAGAAGAGUCUUACUUAAGAUAUUGACGAGUCUAUAUAAUUAGCAGAUGAGGAGGACAAGAUUUAGAAAUAGUGA